UUAAGCCCGAACGCCAUAAUCGAAAUAAUAAGGACGGUUAAGGACGCUUUGAAUGACAGUUUACAAUUCAAAAUGUAUGAUAUUAAGUUAUUCGUUGAGUACAGCAGUUUCGAAACAAGGAGUGAUAUCUCAUUAUAUACCAUGUGUUAUAACUAUUUUCUAUUGAAUACGAAUUUUUCCUCGCGGCACCUUCUCAGGAAGGACAUAAUGUUCGGCCACAUAGUUGGUUGCUGGCCUACUUUAUCACCUUAUCUCUUCCUGAUGAUAAUAUGGUGCUCGAAUUGUGAGGACUUACUGGUUGAAUCGCUUGUGCAUAUACCUUUGGACCUGUGCGUCGAGAUCUUGGAAAUAACGAUUAAAUACAUAUUAGGUAGCAAAUUGAAAAACUCACGAACCAGACGCUUACAUUACCUUCUAAUUUACAAAAUAUACUAUAAAUGCCUGUGGUUGCAUUUAGGCACUGUAUCAGAAAAUGUGAUUAAACGCAUUAAUCGAUUAACAAUGUAUUUUGAAAUGUUGUGUGACUGGCUCGUCAGUUUUAACAAUGAGUUUGUUACUUCCCAUGAAUUAUCUACCAAGGAGAAGAACGUACGACAUGGUAUUAUAGUGAAAAACUUGUUUCGCUGUAUCAGAAAGUGCAUGCACAGCAAAAUUGAACGUUACUCGGAGAAUCAUAAUCUAGCGAAACUGUUCCCGCUUACAUACGGCAACUGUGAUGAACAAAUGAAUUAUUAUCACUUGAUUCCUGCCAACAAAAUAAAAUCCAUUGUAAUGAGAUUUGACCAGCAACUGGAGACUCUACUUCUGAAACACAUCAAGAACAUUAACUUUUUCGAAUUCAUGGCCGGAGAGAACAUCAACGAUAAUGAGAACCCUACAAUCUCACUACAAAAUGCCAUUGUUAUGGAAUGCCACUAUUUUAUAAAAUUCAUGAAACGGAAUGAAUUUUUGGCAAAUGAGGUUCUGUUUAACUGUCUGGAGCAACUUACAAGUUCAAGGAAAUCCGAGAAGUCUAUUUUAACUGUUCAAGAACUCUGUAAUGACAUCGCCAAAGGCAGACCGCAUGGUUUAAAAGAAUUGAUUAAACGGUAUAAAGAGUGGGACUUGUCUACGUUGGAUUUUCUAAAUAAAAGGAUAGAUAUGUUGAAAACUGACGAUUUGUAUGUUAUACUCAAAUAUCUCCAUCAUAUAUUCGCAUAUCCGCAUACUGAGGCAGAAAAACACCGGGUUUACAUAUCGGUAUUAAAAAUAUUGAUUCGGCUAGAAGAUCCCGAUAUAAACUUCAUUAUAGUAAAAUACAUAAAGGAAUACUUUGACGACAAACGUCUAGAAUGUCUGUAUGAUGAGAGUUGCCUUGAUGCAUUUAUACGACGUAUUUCAUAUGAUGCCUUGUUGUACCCAAUACCUCCUGAUGACAUGUCUGGUCAAGAUAGACGUGCUCUGAUUAUUUUUAUUCUGUUAAACCCGAAGGAUGUGUUAAGCAAGCUAAUAUAUAAGAUAAAUAUUGAAUUAUCCAGAAGCAUGUUCUUCCCCUAUUUCGUGCAAGAGUGUUAUGAAGUCCUCAUUGAUCGAUACAAUGUGCUGAUGCAUAUUUUAAAGGAUAUAAUUUUGCAACGGCGCAUGAUAUGGCACUCACGGUUUGCAUCAUUUUUGAAUAAUAUUCUUUUAUUUAAGGUAAUAUCUGCGGAUGAUUUAAUGAACGAAAUCUACAUUCCUUAUCUGAAUAAUAGCUAUUUUGAGAAGACUAAUGUGUAUAUUAUUCUGUCACAUAUACUAUUUAUAUUGAAAACUGGAAUUUGCACGCCCAAAACUAAUUUCGUAUUACUAAUAAUAGUGUUGAUCAAGGCGGCAUCAGUGCUAAGAAGAUGCAACAAAAGUUUUACAAAAGAAGAGAUACGUGAACGAAUGCAAUGUAUAAAUGAUAUAAUAUGGUAUCUGCGCGGAACGAAUGUGUGGACAGGAAUACAUAAAAAUUUGCUAUUCGCAAUUGGUUACCAUGUGGAACCACUCGAUAUGCACAAAAUGCGGCCGAUGAACGUACUAGAAAUAAUCCAAGAAUACGAGAAACGUUGCUUUGUUGUGUAUCAACGAUUGCGCACGGAUCCGCGAUGUCAUCUCAAGUUGCGCGCUUAUGUGCGAACCUUCAACCUCGAUCGAGAGGCUUUUUUACGCCACAUGAUGUUGCAUUGCACCAACGAGGAGCACAUAAUAUACGUGUCUGGCUUGAUAUUCACAUUCUGGUAUCAUUUCGGUUGGGCCAACGAGAUAACGGCCUACGAAAAUGUAAUGCGCAUCACCGCCGAAGCGUCGCAAAUCGCCGUCAUGUAUGUAGAGAGAUUUCACAGAAACGCAUUUUUAUCAUUGCUGUUCGGACUCGUGAUGGUCGGAUUAUCUGUCGCAAACCGGGCGACGUGCGACAAACAUGAAGAAAUUCGUCGCAUCCUACUGAGAAAUCUGUGCUCCAUGAAUUAUAUUGUUAGCACAAUAUGUUGCGAUAACAGGUAUAAUCUUCUGCUCAAGUGCAUCCGAAGUGUGGAUUUAUCUAUGGAAAUAAAAAAAUAUUUCAAGAAGCUCUGCGACUUAAUUAUCAUGUACUUUGAUGAAAUCGAUUUUCGACCAACGCCCCCAGUAAUAAACUUAGCAUGCAUUUGUGUUGAAAAGACGUGCAGCAGAUAUCGUAAUUUCUUUGUUAAGAAGAAAAUUCCAGCGAUGUACAACUCAUACUUGUUUAUAUGUGAAUGCCUCAAGUUAUCCAAUAGGGAGAUGCAUUGUUACUCCGAGCGAUUACUUCGUAGUUUAUGUCUAGAAUGAUACCUAGAUUAGUUUUGUUAAAGCGUGCAAAAAGUAUUUACAUAUUUCGUCUUUUUCUAGGAUAAUUUUUUAUAAAGCAGAACUGAACCAUU